GUGAGACGUAGUUGAGUUGUCGCAGUCGCGGUGAGCGGCCGAGGUGAGUGUGAGUGUGCGCGAGCGCAAUGGUACAAUGGUCUAUACUAUCACUGAAAAUAAGGACCACGGUCAAAAGAAGUUUGUUGUUUGGAAACGAUAUUUAAUAUCUGUAUUCGUCAGCAUUCCAUUCAUGACACAUGGAGUAGAAAACGACUUGCUGAGUGCCACCUCGCACCUCGCUCCAGUUAUAGUGGCAGCGGGCGUGCCAUGGACCGAUGUUACCUUCCUACUGGCUGCGCUGAUCUCCGCGCCCGCACAUGGCCUCCUCAUCGACAGGCAUGGCAGGAGAAUAGGCAUUUAUAUAUUAGUGCUGUUGCAAGGGAUGACGAGUGUGCCCCUGCUGUUCUCGACGUCGGAGUUGAGCGUAUUGGUGCACGCGGCUGUGGCUGGUGCGGCAACAGGUGGCCUGUUCCUCGUGCUACCGGUCUAUGUGCGGGAGAUCAGCGGCGACGCGGUGCGGGGCGUCACACUUGCUCUCAUGAUGCCCAUGACAUCACUUGGCAACGCUAUGAAGCUGCUCCUCACCUUCGACCAGAUGCUGUUUCUGGUGCUCGGGCUUGUCGCCUUGGAACUUUUCAUCGUCUUUCUCAUCCCAGAGAGUCCGGCGUACUUGGUUAAAGCUGACAAGAUUGAGGAUGCUAGAGUGGUUGCUGCGAAAUUAAUAUGUUCAAACAGUGACGACUCUCUCGUUGUUGAUGAUAUUACAAAGUUAAAGGAAGAGAGUGAUAGGGCUAAUGCAAAUGGAAAACUAACCCUAUUUCAAAUACUGAAGAACAAUAUAUACAGGGACGAAAUAAAGAUAGGAUUAGUGUUAAACACUACUUUGGUGCUAAGCGGCAGCGCAAUCUUCUUGCAACCAGAGAAGACGCUGGCGGGGCUGGGCGACGACGUCGACCCCCGGCGGCUGCUCGUGCCACUGGCGUUGCUGGCCGGCGCCGCGUGCACUGUAGUACUCGCUCACUUCUUUGAGAGAAAGUACGUGCUAACGGGAGCGUGCGGAGUGAUGGUGUUGUCAAUGGGCACGCUGGCGGUGUACACGCAGGCGGGGCUGCCGGUGACGUCACUGCGCUGGGCGCCCCAAGCCGCGCUCGCAGUGCUCGUGGCCGCUUACGGCAUGCUCUGGGCCUUGCCCACGCUCAUACUGGUCGACAUUCUCAAUGUGGAGAUCCGAGUAAGGGCUAUGACGGUAGUGUACGUGUACACUCAGGUGAUAAGGCUGGCGCACACACUGAGCUUGCAGCACAUUGAGGAGUACGUGGGCGUGUACAACCUGCUGUACAUGUACGCGGGCGUCAACACGCUGGCCGGCGUGUACGCGCUGAGCUCGCCGCCCGCCGCCAGGGGGCGCAGUGUGCGACACAUUGAGCGACAGAUGCGCGCGCGCCGAGUGCCGCUUUGGCAAUUAUGAUAUAUACUUAUUUUGUACACAUCAAAUGACUUUUAUUACGUACCUUUCUGUAAAAAUCAAUUGCUACCAUUGAAGUCUAUUUUGUCAAGUAAGUACCACAUUAAGAACGUUGGUGAGAAAUAGAGCUUUAGCAUCCCUCUCCCUCAUGAGGUUAGUACCGCAUGGGAUACAUACUCAACUCCCUUUAAAAGAUACUCCCAGUACUCCUGAGACGAAGACAAAUUGCAUUGAUUGCGAAUAUAUUUUUAAAUGGAAAAGUUUUUAACGUCUUAUUUCCUAUAUAAUUGCUUUAUGAUUGUAUUAGAGUGAAGUCGGUUUGAAGUCGAUAGGCUUUCAGCCAAUAACGAAGCUUUUAACUAAGAACAAAGGGGAA